AGUAAAAAUCAAAAGAAUAGCGAGAAGGGACAACAGUGCUCUUAUGAGCGUGUUCUUGAAACUUCCUGAAAAUGAAAUGUUUGCCAGUGGAUCGCUCCCUAUCAGCAAUGAAUCAGUCGCUGAAGUGUUGAAGAUAGGACUUGGUACAGGAUCCCUCGAAACCUACUUACAUCACAAAUUCCCGCAGAUGACCAUAACAAUCGUUGAAAUGAGUCGACCAACAGUGGAAAUGGCGAAGAAGUGGUUUUAUUUGGAAAUUGACGAGCGACUACAAGUGGUCAACGAACAAAGCGAAAA